AUGCUCGAUCGUGGCUACUUAGCCGAAGUGGGUGCGGUUGCGGCCGCGUUGCUGUUCUUCGUCAUGCUUGGCACGCACGAGAGUUUAGAUCAAUUGGGCGACCAGCAGCGCUGCACGCCGCCCUUCAUCAAACAUUGCUUUCGACAUCCGGAGGUCCUGCAGUACUGGGGCGAACGCUGGUGUCGUUUGGGCUUCAACGCCCAGAAGCGGCAGAGGUAUCCCUUCGCCAUUGUGGUCGGUCUCACCGCCCUGGUCUUCGGGUCCUUCCGCUUGAUGUCCCUGACCUACGCGUGUAUGUGUAUGAUGCUCUACGUGUGCUUACGCCUUCUCUGGAUGCGAGUCGAGGGUUAUGGCGGCUGGUUCUAUGCCUUCCUGGAAUCUUUUGUCGAAAUCAUUCUGCUGAACAUCAUCAUCAUGAUGACCUCUCGAAAUCCUCUGCGUGACGGUGCUGUAGUUCUCAUCUUGGCGGUCACUGGUCAGUUCGGCUUCCAGCGUGAGAUCAAUUCCGGCGAGCGCGUGCGACUGGCGAGUAUGAUCACCUUGGGCCUUGUACGGGUGAUGUUGCUCGGUCUCGUUUGCUUCGCACUGUCCAGUGUUUCGGAUGACAACUGGAGCGCGUUCGGAGAGUACAUGGGCUCCACAAAAUUCUACGAGAUCCCACAUUUGCCGCCCAACAUGACGCAGAAGGACGUCAAUACCUUUCCAUUGUGUUUGGUGCGUUUUCCUCAUGGCGCCGUGGGCAGCGGAAACGCCUUGGACUUUUCCAAAGAGCUGAGUCUGGCGGAUUUUGGCCUCAUGGCUUCGUUGACCUACGAGCACCUUGGUCGCGAGAGCUCCGAUGGUAUCCAUGGGGAGCCUCCCUCCCGUGUGGAAGAAGGAUGUGCGCACUACUUCCCCAACUGGCACGUUGAACAGAAACCUCCCAGUGCCUGGGCUGCCUUGGCAGUUGACGGAGGACACCAGCAAAUUGAAGCGCUUGAUUGGACUCAGCGCUUGCCUUGCCCAGGUACCACCGUGAUCGCGGUGCGCGGCACGUUGAAUGCCCUGGACGUCCUGCACGACGUGACGCUGUGGCUGGUGCCCACCGUCCUGCAGCUUUGCAACUACAUCGGCCCAGAUGUCUCGGAUGGCGCUUGGGGAAUCUCCAUGUCAAGGUUGUCAGCUCUCGUACCUUUGGCGCCGAUCCGAAAGCAGACCACCUUUGACUCCGUGUUUUUAGCGGUGAAGUACAUGAUGAGUAAACAUCCCAACAGGUGGGGAUCCAUAGGAUUCCACGGGGCUUUCUUGGGAGUAGGGCUGUGA